AAAAAGGAGACAUGGGACUUCCUGGACCACCUGGACCUGAGGGCAAAAAGGGUAGUAGAGGUCCAGUCGGAUUUCCCAGCCCAGCAGGCCAAAAAGGAGAACAGGGAAACAUUGGUCCACCCGGACCCAGAGGCGCAAUGGGGAUGCCAGGAUUACCUGGCUUGUUUGGAUUAAAGGGAUUGAAAGGCUACCAAGGUCCAUCUGGACUACCUGGAAGGAGAGGGCUCCCAGGUCCACCAGGCGUUCCUGGUCCCCCAGGAAAGUCACUAAACAUGACUUUGGCUCAACUCAAGAACCUCAUGUACAUGUCAGACAAGCCUAACUUCUCCCUGAUCCAGAUGCUGCUGGACUCUCUGCAGCAGGAGCUUCGGCUGCUGCUGGAUCCUCCUGAUGGCAGCAAGGAGCAUCCAGCCACCACCUGUCUGGAGCUCUGGCUCUGUCACCCUGAAUACAAAAGUGGAAUGUAUUACAUCGACCCCAACCAGGGGAGCUCAGCAGACGCAUUGCUGGCCUACUGUGUCUUCACCUCCUCAUCAAAACAGACCUGCCUUCACCCCGAACACUCUCAGCUUCCAAUGAAAGCUUGGAUGGAGGAAUCAGAAGAUGGAUCUUUUCAAUGGCUUAGCAGGCUGGAUCAGGGUCAUCAGUUUACUUAUCCAGGUGCCAGUGUGGUCCAGAUGCGCUUCCUGAGGUUGCACAGUGUCACCGCCGUGCAGAAGGUGACCUACUCCUGUCAUCCAGGACAUCAUCUGGGUCAGGAAGAGAGAGACGUCAAAUUCCUCACAGAUACGAUGAGGCAGAGCUACCUCGGAGAGCUGAAAGACUGUGUGGCUGGAGAGGAGAAGCUUUUCGGUUCUCGGGAGUCCGUGUUGGAGUUUGAGGACCUCCAGCUGCUUCCUCUUAGAGACGUGGCGGUGAUGGGAGGCAGAAACUUUACACACCAUUUUAGUUUUACGUUUGGACCGGUGUGUUUCAGCUAGAGGGAGCGGAAACACGCUCCCUUCCAGAUCACUCAAAUCCAACAGGAGCUUUUUUGUUUAAAUCAACGAAAAUCUUUCUCUAAUUUCUCAACAGUUCACACAUUUUCUCAUAUUGACCUUAAGUGACUCCUUAGGGAUGAAUUUGGAGGCGUUGCUUUUAGUGGAAAAAGUCAUUUUUGUUUACAGAGACAUUUAUCUGGUACAAAAUAAAUUAAAUAUGUAUGUUUUUUAAUGUCGAUAUGCAACAUUUUUUUAUUGUGAUGUUCACAUGGGGAAUCUUUUAUAGGCUGAUUAUCUGUAUAUAAAAAUCAGACCAACUUUAGUGACCUUCUAACCAUUUCCUAGCAGGCCGGUUCUGUCUCACUAAUGCGACUGUAAGUGAACCCAGUUUAUCACUUUAAACAAAGGUGCUUUGUUAGAAAGACAAACAUUUAUUUAAAUCUUUAAUCAGACAAAAAGAUGCAGAUGUCGUCUUAAACUUGGUGCUAGCUAUUUACUAUCUGUCCUUGUUUUAAAAGAUGCAAAGCAUUUUAUAUUUUGAUUCUGUAUUGUGUAUAUGUAUAUUUUUUUUCUUUUACAUCUCAGGUAUGACAUACACACACAGGCACUUCAUCUGCUGUUGUCCCAGCAUGUUUUUUUGUUUUUUUUGUUUGUUUUUUUACAGUUUGUUGUCAAAUCUUUGAAUCUAAACUUAAUAAACUUGA